AUGCCUGCCGGUCCAGACGAAACUCACCACCACAAAGCUGGUGAAGUAACUGAGCACGUUAUGAAGAACUCAUCCUCAAAGACCGAUAACAAUGCUAGCGACCAUCCCCUCCAUAACCAAGGCGAAGUAAAGGGAGAGAAAGUCCAAUUCCGUCAUCACGAGGCAAACCCAGGACCUGUUGUCCCUCAGAGUAUGCCGGAGCAAGAGGGAUCCAAGGCGGACCGUGAAGCAAAGACGGCUGCUUUGAACGAGUAA